AUGAAGUUCUCCGCUAUUGCCCUCCUUACCUUUGUCAGCGCCUCUGUUGGCGCUGCAAUUGAACCUCGGGGCAUCAUUGCCGACGUUCUCUACACUUGCCCCGUCUCCAGGAACUUCGUACCCGUUUCUGCUGCGGAAAUGGCCAAGGCCUACAGCUAUGCUUGUAUCAAAACGUUUGGAUGCGCACACUCUAUCGCCCCCCUCCUCUCCAACAACGAGUGGAUUGGCUCCUGCCUUAACUGCCCCGACACUAUUCCUCAGGCCUCUGAUGGCUGCGUUUUGGUGGCCCAGUAGAUGAUCGCCGCCUUUGUACGUGGGGAUCUUGACGAUGGUCUUGCCUGAAGAUUAAUCUAGCGUCGCAUUCGAGUACGAGUCUCAUUCUUGAUGGUGGAAGCCAACCUUUUAUUCUGGACUGAAGAGAACCCAGGGAGGAUCUAGUGCAGGAAGUUAUGUAAAGUCAACUCAGGGCAAUUUGUUGGAGACUUAGGAUCUUAGGUUUCGAUAAAUACAAUGGUCCGUAACUGGAUCUCUCAAUUCCAAG